CAGAUGAAGAAGCAAUUGCUGAUCCAACAACUCUCCAACAAAAAACCUAGCAGUUGUUUUAACCGUGGCAUCUUCUAGCAGAAAAGAAGCUUUUCGCCACUACAGUAGAACCUAAAAACUACUGGCGGCUCGAGUAUUGAGCCCAAGUACGGGCCGCUCGUAGCACGGGCCCGGUAGUUGAGUCUGAGAAAGUACUAAGUUCUAUUUAGACUUAUUAACCGAAGAGGAAGAAUCACCAUGAUCCAUCGGGCAGGCUUGAUCGCCGCACGGCGAGCAGGACAGACUCCAUGUCUACGACCGUCAAUAAUACCGCAACAACUGGUGCAAGCCUCGUCCACGUCUUCCAACACGUGCUUGGCGGGAACACUCAGGAGAUUUGGAGGAUCCGCACUGCAGGUUCAGGUUCCGAUAUCAACUGGAGUAGGAUGGACUCGGUUCGACUAUCCAGCAGUCUCAAAAAUCCGAUACGAUGUAGCACCAAGAACUGUCAUGUUAAGAUCUUCAUUUGGCAUGGGUAGGAGUAGGUAGAUUGUAUUUGGCCUCCGUAGGUAAUACCGAGGAAAUAAAGCAUAUAGUACUCUUCUCAGAAGGUACUAACUAAGUACUUCACUGAACAACGGCGUCAAUGCUAUACAAGAGGCACCAUUUUGACAUGACAUGACUUCUCCCACGUCGCCUCUAACCCUCAGCCCCUACGCCGGCGGGCCAGUAUACCAGUAUCUGCGGAAUGGGUGGCACCAGUUCAAAAGACGACGUACUGUGAGAUUUAUUUUAGUGAAAAGCAUUUUUAUUUUAGUUUGAGAAGAUUUUUAUACUUGAUUGUUUACGAGAUAAUGAGAUUUUUAGUGAGAAGAUUUAUAAGCAAUAAGAGAUACGUUGAAGUAAGUGGAUACUGAUGACGUGGCAUUUUUAGUUUCGACCCAUAGCAUAGAACAAGACCACGGUGAAAAGUAGCAAUUUGUUCUACGCCAAUAGUUAUUUCAUACCAUGGACCCACAACAUUCUACUACCACCGUCGACAGCUACUACAGAGAAGAAUUUCUACUAUCACCACACACUCACACAACUACUACAUCUUCAGUGAAGCAUUUCUAUCGAGCAGAAGCAGAGAAUAUGGACCCGAGUUCUGCUUGGUUCGUGGGUGUGCCGGAACAGGAAUUGAAUCCAACUAAAAACGUCUGGUGCACACUCGUGGAUGCGCACGCUUGGGGAGGUCUUUGAAAUUGAUUGUUGUUCAAUUGUGGGAGCUAGGACUUCGCAAAAAGAGUAGAAUGUGUUUAGGCCGCUCAGGAUUCUCCAGCACAAGUCGUUGUAGGACUCCCUAGGAGUCGGUAAAAUAAAGGCUCUGAACUAGGCUCUUCGGCAGCCAGUUACGUCUGCCAGUUCUCCUGGUGGGCCCACACGUAACCUAACCGAACUAGGACUUAGUAAAAACAGCAGCAUGGGAUUCUGCAUUCGGUAGUUUUCUCCAGGCUUGAAAAAGAUGACGGAGGAGGACUGAGCUGUCAUCUAUAGUACUAUGUGGAGCACUACUAGAAAAUGUUACGUUUGUUCAAAUUUCUAUGGACCAUCGACACGGUGUGGGAGAGCAUCGAAAAUCAUACCCCAAUCUUUCAGGACCCAUGGACAAAGUGUGGGAGGAUUUCAACGGCAUGGUCGUCUUUCCGGUUGUCGUCAUGUCGAUGAUGGCCUAUUGGUUGUAUUGAAACUUGUUUUUGCGUCUUAGAUCAAAUUUAGAGUGAUUUGGAAGUAGUGUGUGAGCAGUGCUCUUCACGGUGGAGAGUAGAUAGUAUACUGUGACUCCUAGGAAAUUUUUAUAGGUAUUAACGAAAGUAGGAAGAAUUUUGAACAAACAAAAGACUGCUCGCUCAUUGAUCACCAGUACCGAUAAUAGCUAGUCAACCUCCCCCAAAAACUAGCGAUCGAGUCAUGGGAGAAAACCCCUUUGCGAUUUUCUGGAAAUGGCAUGAUCCAGAGCAGAACAAAACGUGGGCCUCCUGGUUUCCUCACAAGACGUUCUUCUGGUUCUAAACCAACAGUACUAGUACAGACCCUCCUCCUUCGAUCGAGUACAGAGGACACUAAGAUACAGGACGAGCUUCUUCACCAUAGUGGCUCAGCUACCUCGGGUUACGCAAGCGCUGCGGAUUAAUUCUCUGCUGGGCUUGUCUCGCAGGUUCUUGCGACUUGCAUUGCGAUGAAUUUGCGGGUGAACCGCGUGCGACAAAAAUUUAGAUUUUUGGUGGAUCCUGACAUACUCAUUCUUAUUUGGAUGGAUUGGUUGGAUCUACAUGGGACAUUUUACGACUGCGGCAUUUACUUUUACAACAAAUCGCCAUGGGAGAAAGAAUCACGACUGCGGCAUUUACUUUUACACUAAAUCGCAGAAAAGUGCGGCUAUCCCUGACAAAUCGCAGGAUGAGCCUUGGAGAGGCAUAGACUAGCGGAGUCUUUAGAUCACUUCACUUUAGGUUUAGGUCUGAAACGGACGCUUUAGAGGAUCAUCCCAAGAAAAUUCUGAGAUAGAUCACCUCUAGAAAAUACUGAUC